ACCAAAUUGAGGGCUUCUGAGCACAGUGAGGGCAGUGUUGACCUAAGACCACAGGUCAUCCCUUGUAAAACUUACGUGUACAUGAAUAUGUCGCAACGUGGACGAGCUCCCUGGGGUUGCUGAGGCAGUGUUGGGUACGCACUUCUUUGAUUUUUUCUAUGAAAUCGAGAAGGUGUUGGUUCGUGAUCCAGAAAGAGAGAAAAGGGAAGUGCAGAUGGAGGCGGAUGUUAACAAAUCCCCUUUUGUGAGAACAUCCACAUGGGGCAAGCAUGACCCUAAGUCUGGACACAAAGGAAAAAAUGAUGGAUACAGUAAAAAUGGUGGUGAUGGGGACGAGAACCCUGUCGAUGAGAAAGAAGGAGAAAGCAUGGAAUCUAAGGAAUCAGAAGAUAACACACUGUUAAUUGAAACCAUGGUUGUGGAGGCAUAUAACAAAGAAAAAGCGCAGGCCUCUCAGGCAAUGCUAGGUGUUGAUGACACCAAGCAUAAUGUUGAUGAGAUUCAGGUGGUGGAACUUGAGGGAGAGGACCUUUCCAAGUUGGAGAAAUCAGAUUAUCUGGUACAGUUUCCUGCCUCCCCUUCUGAGGAUGUGGGAGAGGUGAUUCCUACCCCUCCCCUUUUAUCUGAAGAGGUUCAGAGGUUUAGCUUGAGGAACUUGCAGAAUAUGGAGGGAAGAAUGCAAGAGAGAGCUGUUGCCAUUUCCAAGAAGAGAAAUUUUGAAGGAAUGAUGAAGCAGGAUGACACGACUGCCAUGAGGGACGGCGCGAAGAUGCUGAAGGAAAAUGCGUCGAUGAUGAUGAGGAUUUGUGCUGCGAACCGUGAAGAGGCGACCUGUUGAUUCUGCUGGAGAUGUGUCCCUGUGGUUUAGCUUGAUAUUUGAGCUGCUCUCCCCUAUGUGGGACUGAACUUAUUCUGCUCGACUGUUGCGAGCUUGUGUUUUGUGCUCUUUUGGGGCUGUUUGGUACUGGUCCCUAGCUGCAGAGAUAUGGUGUCGUCGGGUUUUCGCCCCACAGUGAGUAAUCUCGAUGGCGAGUGCUCACAGUGUGUUUCCCGGCGAUGCGUUGAACUCGCUUCCCCUUUUCUCCUUCUUUGGACUGUUGUAUUUCCGUUAUGUUGCAGUAAUGGAAAGGGGUAAUGCCCGGUUCAAAA